AUGUGUACGUGCUAUUUCACGACGUGACCGAUUUAAUUGAGGAACAAGCAGAGGACGACCAACUCGGUCGAUGGUGGAGCAGAGCUAACGUAUUAAAAAAAUUGUGAAAGUAUAUAUCUGUGCUAGAAAAGGACAUCGUCGAAAUGAAAUUGCUGUGGGGUUUAAGUGCCCUCCUCUUGUGCUUGUACGGAGCCGAUGCCCUAACAGAUCCCUUAAUUGUGUCUUCACCUAUGGAGGUGAACAACCAGACCUCUGCCAUCCUCUCGUGCAACCUGACCAACCCCCCGUCCACAGUCAAAGGUCAUUACUGGAUGAGGAAUGGCAAUGUGAUCGAGUCAUCCAAGCAGGACUCUGCUGCUCUCUACACCGAGUACAUCUUGGCUAAAAUUGAUUUCCAUUCGGGUGGAGUAUAUGACUGCGUCUUCCUGUCUGAUCCUGUGGUGAAGAAAUCCAUUGAAGUCAAAACUGCUGUCCAUGUCUCGGCCUACAAACGCUCUGAGCAUGGAAAUGAGCAGGACAAGGGUGUGCUGGUGUGUGUCAGUCAUGCAUAUCCACUGCCUACUGACUGGAAGUGGUACAAACUGGAAGGAGAAGAAAUGCUGAAGACGGCCAUCACCAACGGUACUGACAGGUAUGAGAUCAUGAGCACCCCCAACAGGACCACCCUGACCAUCAACGACCUGGACAUCGCCAUGGACAUGGGUGACUACAUGUGCUACGGUACCAGAGAAGUGGACUCGGCCUCCGACACGAUCCACCUGCGCGUCCGCAGCCGCCUGGCCGCUCUCUGGCCCUUCCUGGGCAUCGUGGCCGAGGUCAUCAUCCUGGUCAGCAUCAUCUUCAUCUACGAGAAGAGGAGAAAGCCUGAUGAGAUCAACGACGAUGAGGACUCAGGUUCUGCUCCCCUGAAAAGCAAUGCUGCCACAAACCACAAGGAUGUCAGGCAAAGGAACUCCAACUGAGAGAAGAUGAGAGAUAUCCUGAUGACUAUCUUCCAGGAUGAAGAGCAUUUGCUGAGCGUCACAUAAUCUAGUGCACCCUGCGAAUUUUAAACAACUUUACAUUUUUAAAUUCUUGAAUGUUAAUGUCUUGAGAAAUGGACUGAAUUGUCCUCUUCUAUAUUUCUCUCCAUAUUGUGCUUUCGGCUUAAGGCCAUUGGCAAAAAAAAACAUGUUUUUGCAUGAGUUUUAUUGCCGUUCUAGACGUGUUUGUUCGUAGUGAAGUCCAUUGUAAACGUUUACGUGGGAAUGAUCUAUUGGUGGUUUUUCUAUUUGUGCUUUAUAGCUUCCUCCACUGUCCUUCAUUUCUAAAUAUCUGCUCUUAUAUUUGCAAGCAUGAACAGCCACCUGUUAAGCAACAGGUGGCUGUUACUACUACGAAUGUGAAAUGUUUGGACACUGACAUGCUUUUGCCCCAGGCCCUAUUACCACACCUGACUCCAAUAAUCAACUAAUCAUUGUCUACAGUUUAGAAUGCAAUUAGUUUAAUCAGGUGUGUUUAGUUAUUGGGCUGGGGGAAAAUGACAUUAAUCAGGCCCCUGAACUGGAGUGGCCCAUACCUGCUGUAGGUAAAUGAAUGACUUGAAGCCUUUUGACUUCAGAUGUGUGCCCUGACCCUUCAACAUCACAUAGUUGGCUGAGUUAUAGGAUACACCUUAACACAGUCCAUUUUACUUCCUCCACUAUAUUUGAUUUUCCGCAGUGGAAGUUAUAAUACUGUAGGUAGUUCCUAAAUUAAACGCAGCAGGUAGGAUUAAUGCAAUUUCGUCUGAGUUCCUGCUGUAUUUAAUACAUGCGCUGUUGAGAAUUUAAAAGGCUAAUCAUUGCAAAAAAAUCCAAGCUUUUUGGAUUUUAACUACUUAUUCAAAUGUUUUAAGGUGUAGUUGUGAAUUUUCUCUGCUUUUGUUGCCAUAGUCACAUCCAUAGUAAUACUUCCUGAAAAAGGACCAAGUGUAAGAGAUGGGCUUUCUGCUUCUGGACAACGACAAAUUCUAAUACUAAUGUAUUAAUCAGAAUGGAAGGCGAUUUCUAAAUGGUUUGUUUUUUUGAAGGGUACAUGGAACCUAAACAUGAUUGAUACUAAUGAAGCAUUGUCCUUUUUCUAACCUCCACUUUGUAGACUACUCAGAAGCCACAUGUUGCACUAACCUGAUUUAGUAUUGUGACUGGAUGUGCACCAUUAGUUUAAGAAGUACAUAUGACUUUGUCAAUUAUUUUGCCUAAAAGUAACCAAUUAGAUUCAAGACAACUGUACCAAUUUGCACAAUCUCAAUAAAGUGAUCUGAUUUAA